UCGAAUAAGGUGUGCCCUUCAGUGUGCCCCCUUACAUUAGGUGUCCCCAUCAGAGUACUCCUUUACAUCAGUUUUCCCCAUCAGAGUACCACUUUACAUCAGGUAUUUCCAUCACAGUGGCACCUUGCAUCAGGUAUUCUCAUCAGAGUGCCCUCUUACACUCAAAGUACCCCUUUCUAUCUUAUUUCCCCAUCAGAGUGCCCCUUUACAUCACAUUGCCCAUCAGAGUGCCCCUUUCCAUCACGUGCCCAUCAGAGUGCCCCUUUCCACAGUAUAUGCCCAUUUGUGCCCCCUUAACAUAAAAUGGGCCCAUCAUGGUGCCCCUUAACAUAAAAUGUACCCAUCAGAGUGCCCCUUAACAUAAAAUUUGCUCAUCAGAGUGACCCUUAACAUAAACGGUGCUCAUCAGAGUGUCCUAAACAUAA